UAAAUAUAAGGCAAAACAGUGAACAUAAUGCAUUUCAAUUUAACUACAUUAGCAACUUAUGUUUUCUACCUGCUUGGGACUACUUUUUUCUGCGCUAUUCUAAAUGGAUCGUAUCUGUUCCACAAACUGUACUAUUCCAACACUCCCUCGAAACGCCAAUAUGAAUACAUAAUAAUAGGAACCGGUACGGCUGGCUCCCUCAUAGCAUCCGGGAUAUCGUCCAACGAUGUGUUGCUCAUCGAAGCCGGUUCCAUGGGGUCGAGCUUGAUGGAUAUUCCGUUGUUUCAACCACUGCUGCAAGGCACACACUAUGACUGGCAAUAUAAAACCGAACCACAGAGCAAUGCGUGUUGGGCACUGGCGGAGAAUCGGAGCUACUGGCCGAUGGGAAAAGUUUUCGGCGGUACGAGCAUGCUCAACAAUAUGAUACACUACAGGGCGGAAAGGCAUGAUUUUGAUGGCUGGUUCGAUGACGAUCACGAGCGGGAUUUGUUUAUGAAGUAUUUCGAGGAAGAUUGGCAUGAAAAAAGCCGAGUCGUUAGUGAUGAAUUAAGUUUUGAGACGAAGUUGGGAGACGCAUUCAUGGAGGCGGCUGCCAGCGUUGGAUUGGAUCGACGAUAUUUCUAUAGACCGAAAGUGGCCACGCAACAAGGUAAGCGGUGGACCACUGGUCAUUAUUAUUGGAGGAACAAACCGAAAGGACAUGUAGUUGUUUUAAACGCUCUGGUUACUAAAAUAAUUGUGGAAAAGGGAAAGGCGAACGGUGUGUUAUUUGAAAAAGACGGACAAAUGCUUAAAGCAACAGCUUCUAGUGGAGUUAUCCUAUCUGCCGGAACAGUUGGGAGUCCUAAAAUUCUUCUCCAGAGUGGAAUCGGACCUAAAAGUCACAUAGAAGCUUUAGGUAUAACAUCAGUAGUGGAUUUGAAGGUUGGAGAAAAUCUACAGGAUCAUAUUUCGACCGGAAUGGAUUUGGUGAUUUUAUCAGAAAAUUUACCCCUUUCUGUGUGGGAUUUGAUCCGACCACAAAAUAUCAAAAAUUAUCUCUUCAACGAAGGGAAGAACUCGUCCCUAUCUUUUGGAGGCUGCGAAUGUCUGGGAUUCGUCAAAUCAAUUACAGAAAAUACCACUAACAUUGGAUUCAUGGUUCUUCCAGUAGGUAUUACUAUCGACACAGGAUUACACCUUCGAAGUUUGAUCAACCUUCGAGAAAAUGUAUGGGAGAAUUAUUAUCGUCCUCUAGUAGAUCGGGGUCAACAAUCGGUUAGUAUUUUACCGAUUUUAUUACAUCCGAAAAGCCGAGGAUACAUAAGGCUUCGGAAUGAAGAUCCGCAUUCAAGUCCCAUUAUUGAACCAAACUAUUUACAUGAAAAAGAAGACGUGCAAAUGCUCAUAACUGGAAUCCAAAUUGUCGAAUUGAUAUCAAAGGCACAAGCAAUGCAAGAUUUGGGGGCUGAAAUAAAUCCCAAACCGUUUCCAGGUUGUGAAAAACAUUCUUUCGGUAGCAAUGAAUACUGGAAGUGCUACAUAAAGUCACUUACACUGACCCUGUAUCAUCCGGUUGGGACCUGUCGAAUGGGGUCGGCCAACAAUCCAAACGCCGUUGUAUCUAAUAAAGAUUUCCAGGUGCAUGGUGUGAAGAAUUUAUAUGUCGUAGAUGGAUCUAUUAUGCCGACCCUACCGAGUGGAAAUCCAAACUCUGUUAUAGGUGCACUAGCGCAAUACUUUUUGAAACAAAAGUUCAAGCCUUCACCAGAAAGCUGAUUUAAUAAAUGUGGUUGCACUUGUUCGAAUUUAUUUUUAUCACAAAUAAAGCUUGUAUAUAAUAAAAUGCAGACUUAUAAUUUUAACGUUGACUUACAAAAGCAACAAAUUUGCUCGAAAAAUGCGAUAGGUCCAUAUUCAUUCGGGUUUGCUUAUGCUGAUAUAGAUAAAGCGCGCUGCUCUUUCAUAUUUGAGAUUCACAUUUCGAGUUUUUUACUGGGUGGCGGCCAAUCCUAGCAAAGUGAAUCGCACUUCGUUCGGAUCACGUGCAAUGUACUGCUUGCACACCGCGAUUGCGUCCUUCAGCAAAGUGUCCGGCGAAGUCUCUCCGUGAACUACUGGGAAAUUCUUCCGCCCAUCCAGUUCGUACAGCUUUCCAUCGAAGUGUACGAACGCGAUGAAAUGAUGGUAUACCUUCUCGUUAAUAUCGGGAGCGGCGGUUUGGCCCUCGUUUGCCACACUCUCGUGUGUCUCAAUGAAUCCAACGUCGUUUUCCAGUGCCUUGCCACGUUCCUCCGGAGUUAAAUCUUUGGUAGAAUCGUAGUAUUUCUUGAUGAAACUUCCUUCCUCCAGUUCAAUGUCAGGGUUAUUGAGCACUGCAUGGACCAGUGCAAUUGUUCCGCAAGCAUUAUGAACGUAUUGACGCAUAUAAAACAGAUUUUCAGGGUGCUCUAUAUUAAUUGCCUUAAGUUCCUCAUCUUCUUUGGCGCGGAACUCUUCAUACUGAAAACAAAGUUAAUGUUGUCAUAAAGCAUAAUGAACGAACUUUUAAAUACGUACAACAUUAGAGCACGGAAACAAAAAUAUCAACGAUUUCAAAGGAGAUGGCACAAAGGCUAGAAGUUCAUCGUCCAUUCCGUAUAUAUCGACAAUGCUCCAUGCUGGCGAUACACCCAAUUUCACAAGGUACUUGUUGAGAACCUAUAAAGAACAUUAGCAAAGGCCAUUAUCUUUGAAGUAAUUAUAAUUUUCGCUAUGAGUCACCUCAGGAUUGGAUUCGAGUGGCAACCAGGUGGACAUGCUUUUAUCCUAGAACUCUGUACUGUGAUUACUGGACAACCGGGCACGUAUUAUGAAUCAGCAAAACUAAUUGAAUUUUGCAAUAUAAUCCUAUUUGAUGCCGGUGAUAACCACAAAUAGCCGGCGAAAUACCAAUACGAACAAUCAAGUGUACAGUCAAACCGAAAUUGAAUGAGACGACGUUUUGUGUUGACGUUUGGUUAGGCGGCCACCGCCUAGAAUGCACCUAAAAGACCUACUUUUAUACAACUUGCAGCUGGGCAGUAUGACCAUUUUCAAGAUUCUGAUUGCUUUUUGGUGCAGUCGGUUUGGUUUUCAUUUCGGUGGGAAGCUAGCAAUAAUAACACAGAAUGUUGUAAUUACCAGCUGUAUUUGAAAUAUAUUAACCCUUUCCCGUACGAUUUCUGUGCGAUUCACAUAGAACGUUACGGAGAAGAACGUCUACGUUCCGUCAACGUCUCCACCAAUUCACACAUGCAGUCAAUCCGCGUUGACGGCAUUGAGUUUGACAUUUCAAAUUAGGGGGUGAAACGUAAACAAACGCAGUGAGAAAAACUAUAAUUUUUGUUCAAAGUUGUCUUGAGAUUCUAUAGCUUUCUGCAAAAUGGCAUCCAAUGCGAUAAACUCUUCGAUGAUGACGGUAAAUUUGCAGCUUGCCGAUAUUUUUCAAUACGUCGGAGGAGGAAGCAGGUUGAUAGUCGAAGGUGAACGGGUGUUUCAAGCUAACCACUUGCUUCUUGUCGGAGUUCAAACCGUGCACGAGGACGGCUUUGCCAUAUUUGCGACUUGUUUGAAGUCAUCAUCACCUAGAGCUGAUCCACACAAAAUUUCCAUCCGCACCAGACCUUCCUUUGAAAAGUGGUCUUUUCAGUGUUCGUGCAAAGCUGGAAUGGGAAAAUGCAAACACAUAAUGGCCGUUUUAAAACAUCUUCUAAUGUUUUUUUUUUGUGAUUUUCUUGAAUACAAAUGGCAAAAAUCAAUUUUUCUAUUUUUAGGUUCCCUUCAGUUCCAUUGCUUACAGUACAGUAAUCGUUCGCUAACUGGUCCUGGUUUAACUGAUCUGCUAUUUAACUGGGCGAACGUUAACUGGUCCUUGGACCAGUUAAAAAGCACAAUUUCGUAAACAAUCGACGCCAUAUUCAAAUGGAAGAUUUGCUGUGAGGGGCAUUCGAAUGUAAUUUUAAAUGUUAUGAAAGUUGACAUUAUUUUCGCACGACAAAAACAUUGAUUAAACUACAGAAAAACAAUUUUCUCAAAUCAUAUGUCAUACCUGUUGUCGCACUCAAUGCGAAACUUCCAUUGGAAUCCUUUUAUUUAUCUAAUUACAGGAACUAAGCGAAUCAAACAAUUCAUUGAAGUUUCCCUCGAUUUUAUUUGACGUUUAACAUGCCGGACCAGUUAAAACGCGAAUGUCGAUAAGUGGUCUUCUCUUUUCGCCCAGUUAGUGAAUGUUUACUGUAACAGAUUUGCAACAAAAGUGGGGUAAAAUUGCAGAAAAAGUUGCUGACGAUAUGUACAAGACAACACCAUUGACCGCAUUCUGCAAAAAAAUGACGAAUACAAAAGAUACGACUGAAGCUGCCUCGCCGGCGGGUUUGACUCACGAUGAGGGUACCAACAUUCUUCAGCUUUUCGUGAAAGGAUUCCCUGAAAGCGGUCUGGCAUACGAAAAGAAAGGACGAGAAAUGAAAAAUAUUGACAAAAAUGAUGAAUCUGAUGUUCUGAAUACACUUCUCGAUAUA